GUAGGAGGUCUCGAACACCCGUACACAAAAGCGCCGACAAACAUGAAGUCUUUCAUAAUGUCGCCGUUUCAUCUGGCGGAUGCUGCCGUUUCUGCCCUGGAUAUUGCAGUGUUGCGGCCAACCCUGCAUCCAAAACUCGUGUCGGUGAUCUCGGGAUCAAGCGUUGUUACUACCGCUUCUAGUAUCGCGUCCGGGGUACUAUUCAGGCGCUAUAACGAAAGCGAGAAGGAGAUGAAU